AAGAUGGCUGAUAGUCAAACACAGGUUGYAAGUACAGAAAUGUCUUCUGAAAACCUUUCCAAUUCACCCGAAAACAAAGACUCCACAACAAAAAACACACAUUURAACAAUAUUCCAAUGAUGUAUGAAGACAUCCAGAAGUAUAUAAGUACUGUUUUUGAAGCAAGCAGUACCAGCAGCGAAGGUAUAGCACAUAAUUUAGAGGAAGCAGAGGACUCCAAGCAACCAAAACACAGCAAUGAAAUCCAAAAUAUAUUCUUAGAGGUUGUYAAGCUGAUMAACCAUGACAGACCACCUAGAAUAUACUCAUUCAGUCCAGACAGGUAUACCCAUUCAUGUGUAGCAGCCCAGGCGUUAGCAGCAUAUUUAACCCAACUCGAUCAACAAAGAAUCAACAAAUUGGCAGCAUGCAUGAAGUCCGACUGCACACAUUGGCUAGCAAAGCUUUUCAAUUUUGAAAAUGGUGCUGCUAGUUUCCAUGACCACCAGUGGCAAGGUCUAACACAAGUAUGUAGACUGGCACUACUUGCUAAGUAUCCUAAAUAUGCCACAGAAGGUUUUACAGCACUCUAUACAAGGCCACCAGUUGUGUAUGUCAGUACAGCUUGCACACCAACAUUAGGACAGUAUUUGUGYAGCCAGCUUGGUUUGCCACAGUCAAGUAUAUGUAAAGUCCCUUGUAAUACAGUCUUUGGUUCCAAUCAUACAUUGGAUAUUGCUGCUUUUGAAAGGCUAUUUAAUGAUGAUGUUGCUUGUGGCAAAACUCCACUUCUCUUGGUAGCUUAYGCAGGUACACCUUUGGUUGGUCACACAGAUAAUGUAGCAAGGCUUAGGGAACUUUGUACACAAAAUGGAUUGUGGUUACAUUUAGAAGGAGAUAACCUUGCUGCACUCUCUCUACCCACUGUUCCUCCAUCCAUCAAGACAGCGACAGCAUGYGAUAGUAUGAGCCUUCAUAUUUCUAAAUGGUUUGGUCUUACUGGCUGCUUGUCAUUUUGUACAUUUUUUAGAGCCAAAGACCCAGUUUUAGCUGCCUGYGCUGGCUUGACCAAACCUUCCAUGCCUGAAAAGCUUUCAAUACUGCCUCUAUGGACAAGUAUACAAAAUAUAGGUGUUGAYCAAAUGAGAAAUCUUGUGUUGAAUUCUGCACAGUUAGCACAGCAGUUGUGUCUAGGCAUUGAUUCUAUAUCAAGCCUGACAAGAAUCGCUCAGUCCCACUGCACAUCRCUAGUUGUAGUMUUUAGAUACAGGGCAUCGCUGUCAAUAUCAAAUUCAAAUGAGAGUCAGGAAGACAGCGGAGGUGAUGAUGAACAAGAUGAUUUUGACAUGAACUCAACAUCACAGAACUCAACAGUAGACAGUGAAGUAACACAGUCAAUACAAGACUCUAUGAACACUAAGUUAGCAGACCACCUUGCCAAAGUUGCUCCAACUGUAGUUUUAGAUGUAAUCAGUAUACCRAAACAAGGUCAAUUCCUGAAGUUURAUCCAAUAUCAACAUCAAGAGUAAGUGGUACAACCUCAGAUCAUAUCGAAGAGUUUGUGUUCAAUCUAAAGAAACAAGUGGCAAGUAUGGAUACUUUACUUGCUGCCAAGAGUGACAUCAGAAAAGCUCUUGCAGGGAAGGAAAAUCUAAUCACAGUUGAAUCUAAUGAUUCCAGUGAAGCUGUUGCUGCMAUCUUAUGUUUUCCACCAUACUGGAACCAGAAGUCAAAGGAACAUCUCAGUGAAGCUAAAAAAAUGGAGCUCACCAGUCUGAAUAGAGAUAUAUUUGACAAGGUGGCAGAAAUGCAUGGAGACAGUUUCUCUCUUGGUUCUACAUUAGAUGGACUUUCUUGUAUUAAUAUACACCAGGUAACACAUCCUCAAAAAUAUACAGAACUUGUYGAAUUAUUGUCAACGACAUGUACAGAAUUGGCUGACUCCAGCAAGUUUUUGGAGCAGAUGCAAGAAAUUAUACAGAAAGGAAUUGAAGCUGCUGAAGAAGAUUUACACAAAGAUGCAGARGAGAGAAUGCUGGACGAUGGAAUUAGAAAUGUGCCAUUAGUUGGAUCAUUUUAUAAUUGGUUUUCUCCACCCCCCAAAGAAACUGAUAAAAAAGGAAGAAUGUUUCAUCUUUCCUCAGGUCAUCUUCAAACCACAGAAACAACGUACAAAUAUCAUAUGCAAGUACAAGAUGAAGACAGUUCUCCCACAUCUUCUACACCUAACGAUAUUACCACACCUGUGAAACAUAACACCAACUCUUAAGUCACUAAAAAUAUUCUUAAACUGGAAUUCAUUUAAAGGAAGGGCAGGAAUUAUAAAAURAUAAAAUAAAAAACAGUGGAAGCCACAUUUAAUAUGGCGUAAUAGUCAAAUGGACACAAAAGAAAAUGAUGGGAUAUUAUAUUAUAUACAUUGUUAAUUUAAUGAGUUCUGAAUUCGUUUUCUUUUGUUCUUUUCUAAUUGUUUUCUUUUCAUGUUUAUGAACAACUGCAUUGCUUUGAUAGCAAUUUUUUCCAGGUCAUUCAUGAAAAGUUUAUCUUAGUCCAUUGAAAGUACUAAAAAAAUAACAAUCCAGWCUUCAGAUACAGACUGCUAGCUGUACUGCUGGUUAGCAGACAAGGGAAAAUCACUGUUAAAUGAGAACAGUAAUCCUGAUAAACAUACGGYGAUAGAUAAAUGAACAGAACAAAACAGCRUAAUUAGGUGCUUCUUAGAUGUUUCAUAGGUUUGUCUCACUUCUUUAUUCUAACACAAGAUAAAUAAUUAUAGAAUUGCUGACAGCAUGCUUCAUUUCCACCAUUUACAUUCAUAGGCAGCCCAUCCAAUCAGUGUUAGCACAUUUAUUAAUGRGCUGCCUAUGAUACCCGUAGUUUAUAUAGUUUAUGUAGCUUUUUAUUAAUGUGUUGGUUUUCAAUCUUGACAAAACACUUGGAAUGCUUGUUUAGAACUUUUAAUAACACAAAAAAUAUCUUCCUUGCAUACAUGUACAUGUACAAUAUAUUGCUGUCAGGCAGGCCAGUUAUAAGUAUAUUCACAGUAUGCGCAAUGUUACAUUUACUUACGUUGGAAGUCUUAACUGGAUAGGGUAAUAAAAUACCAUUAUAAAUA